UAAUAACUCUAUCCCCUUCUACAAGCAUCUGUUCCCCCUAUUUCUUCGCCUCUUUCCCUAAAACCCUCCAAAACCCUAACACUCAACAACUCCCUCAACAAUUACGAAUUAGUUUUCUUCCUUUGUUUCUCCGAUGGCGACCGCCGCCUUGCUCAGAUCUCUCCGUCGACGUGAAUUCGCUACUUCUUCUAUCUCUGCGUAUAGAACUCUUGCUUCCAACACCAAGCCUUCGUGGUGUCCAUCACUUGUUGGUGCUAAAUGGGCUGGUCUGGCUAGACCAUUUAGCUCCAAACCUGCUGGAAACGAAAUUAUUGGGAUAGACUUGGGAACCACCAACUCUUGUGUUGCAGUGAUGGAGGGGAAGAAUCCCAAGGUCAUUGAGAAUUCUGAAGGGGCCAGAACAACUCCUUCUGUGGUUGCAUUUAACCAGAAGGGAGAACUUCUUGUUGGUACUCCAGCCAAACGUCAGGCAGUUACCAAUCCUACAAACACUCUUUCUGGGACCAAGCGUCUAAUUGGCAGACGCUUUGAUGAUCCUCAAACACAAAAGGAGAUGAAGAUGGUUCCUUACAAGAUUGUGAGAGGCUCAAAUGGAGAUGCUUGGGUUGAAGCAAAUGGCCAGCAAUAUUCUCCAAGCCAAAUUGGAGCAUUUAUUCUAACAAAGAUGAAGGAAACCGCAGAGGCCUACCUUGGGAAAUCUAUUAAUAAAGCUGUGAUCACUGUUCCAGCUUAUUUUAACGAUGCUCAGAGGCAGGCAACAAAGGACGCUGGACGAAUUGCAGGUCUUGAUGUGCAAAGGAUUAUUAAUGAACCUACUGCAGCUGCGCUGUCUUAUGGUAUGAAUAGCAAAGAAGGCCUUGUCGCUGUUUUUGAUCUUGGCGGUGGAACAUUUGAUGUUUCAAUCCUGGAGAUAUCAAAUGGUGUUUUUGAGGUCAAGGCAACUAAUGGUGACACCUUUUUAGGAGGAGAGGAUUUUGACAAUGCGUUGUUAGAAUUUUUAGUGAGCGAGUUUAAGAGGACUGAGGGAAUUGACCUAUCAAAAGACAAGCUUGCCCUACAAAGACUUCGAGAGGCAGCUGAGAAAGCUAAGAUAGAGCUUUCAUCAACAUCUCAAACUGAUAUUAACUUGCCGUUUAUCACAGCCGAUGCAUCAGGGGCUAAACAUCUGAAUAUCACACUGACAAGAUCAAAAUUUGAGACAUUGGUGAACCACUUAAUUGAGAGGACAAGGAAUCCUUGCAAGAAUUGUUUGAAGGAUGCUGGAGUAUCUUUAAAAGAUGUGGAUGAGGUCCUCCUUGUUGGAGGUAUGACUCGGGUUCCUAAGGUGCAGGAAAUAGUUUCUGAGAUAUUUGGUAAAAGCCCAAGCAAAGGUGUCAAUCCAGAUGAGGCAGUUGCCAUGGGAGCGGCGCUUCAAGGUGGUAUUCUCGGUGGCAACGUUAAAGAGUUGCUUCUUUUGGAUGUAACUCCGCUAUCUCUCGGUAUUGAGACAUUGGGAGGUAUCUUUACCAGGUUAAUUAACAGGAAUACCACCAUUCCCACAAAGAAGAGUCAGGUGUUUUCUACUGCUGCUGACAACCAAACUCAAGUGGGCAUUAAGGUAUUACAAGGUGAACGUGAAAUGGCAUCUGACAAUAAGAUUUUGGGUGAAUUCGAACUUGUAGGUCUUCCUCCGGCGCCAAGAGGCAUGCCUCAGAUAGAGGUCAUGUUUGACAUAGAUGCAAAUGGAAUGGUCACUGUGUCCGCCAAGGAUAAGGCUACUGGCAAAGAGCAGCAGAUCAGCAUCCGGUCAUCUGGUGGUCUGUCGGAAGAUGAGAUAAACAAGAUGGUCAGGGAAGCUGAGAUGCAUGCCCAGAAGGAUCAAGAGCGCAAGACACUUAUUGAUCUCAGGAACAGUGCAGAUACUACCAUAUACAGCAUUGAAAAGAGCUUGAAUGAAUACAGGGACAAGGUCCCCGCAGAGGUGGUUACAGAAAUUGAGACAGCUGUUUCGGACUUGAGAGCAGCAAUGGGGACUGAAAACAUUGAUGAUAUCAAGUCGAAACUUGAUGCAGCAAACAAAGCUGUUUCCAAGAUUGGAGAGCACAUGACCGGCGGCGGUUCUGGUGGUGCGUCCAGUGGUUCACAAGGAGGAGAUCAAUCACCACCUGAGGCUGAAUACGAGGAAGUGAAGAAAUAAUUUUUUUUCUAGGCAAAACAGAAGAGCGAGCGUCUAUAGAUCUACUCUCCUGAAAAGGAACUUCAUUUUUUCCAUACCCAUCUUCCAAAUAUUCUAACUAGCAAAAAUGCUAGCGUGUUGACUUCUUUUCACUAGAGAUGUGAGUAUAAUUUUUGGCGAGCAACUCGAUUUAUUGAAAUUGGCACUUUGUUGCCUCUUGGUGCAUUACACGAAUUCAUCAGCUGAACGUGUGGUUGAUGUAUAAAACAUCGUUAUUUGCAUUGCUUCUUGGUAGAUUUUGAAGAAUUUCGAUGAAAUAUUGUACUUGUUUGAAGCUCAUCAGACAGAAUAAUUGGUGGUCUCCGAAUGCCCAGAAUUGUGCUCGGAGUUUGAACGCAUUCCAACUUGCGAUCUGUCUCUGAAAAGAAUCCAUUGCAAGCUA